AUGGGUUCCAUCGGCGAGACCAAGUACUCUGUCACAGCAGAGGCAAAGAAAGUGUUGCAGGAUGAGAUACUGGACAAUUCCCUGAUCCCAGCACUACCAGAAUCAAUCAAAGAAGCCGCCAAACUGGUCCACUUCAGCGGCAAUGACACCCCAAGCAUCCCAAUCAACUGGCGCUUCGCCGAGAGCGCAGCAGCAAUGAAAGCGUUCGAGGCAUCGAUGCUCAACGUUCUGCGCUCGAAGAAGUACGGUGUGGAGAUGGCCGAUGUUAACAUCAACACCGACCAUGCUUCGUUGUUCGCUAUGUCGCCAUUCCUGACCCAGGUCAUCGACAAAGAUGGCAAAGCCCAAGCAUUGAACGCUUUCAAAGGUUCCGAAAUGGAAAAGUACGGCUUCAAAAACUGGGACUUGCACCGCGCAUCUACGUCUUUGCAUCGAACGUUGGCGACCAAUAUCUACAAGACUAAAGAUGGCCGCUUCUACCAUACCCAUGGGAGUCUGAACCCAGAACCUACUCUGACGGCGCUUGGACUGCCUAUGGAUGGCGAGGAAGGCGAGACUUACGAUUCUGCUGUUGAAAGGAUCCAAGCUGCGGUGCUAAAGCAUGAUUCAGCCGAGCUUGACCAGCUGAUGAAUGAGAAGUACAAGCAGGCUGGUACCAUCGCUUGGAGUAAGGAGGAAUUCUUUAAGUCUGAGCAUGGGAAGGCUAAUGCUCAUGUGUCGCUUUAUGAACUGCACAAGUUCGAUGAGCAGUCGCAGCCAGCUUCUUGGUGGCCGGAAGUGGCAUCAAUGCCCUCAUCGGCAAAGCGACCUCUCGCGGGCCUGAAGGUCGUCGACCUCACCCGCAUCAUCGCAGCACCAACCGUCACGCGCAGCUUAGCCGAGAUGGGAGCCAGUGUUAUGCGUGUGACUUCGGACUCCAUCACCGACAUGGGCGGUCUGCACCAAGACUUGAACUGGGGCAAGUGGAACUGCCAGCUGAAUGUCAAGAAAAGCCCGGAGGAUCGCAAGGCUCUGGCUGAGUUGAUCAAGGAGGCUGAUGUGGUUGUCGAGGGCUACCGACCGGGUGCCAUGGCGCGGAAUGGUUUCAGCAGGGAGGACAUCUUCGAGCUUGUGAUGGGGAGGGGGAGGGGGAUUGUGCAUGUGCGGGAGAAUUGUUAUGGGUGGAAUGGGGAAUGGAUGCAUCGGAGUGGGUGGCAGCAGAUUAGUGAUGCGUGCUGCGGAGUGUCUCUUGCUUUCGGCAGGGCCAUGGGCAAUGACGAGGCGGUCACGCCUGUCUUCCCCAACUCCGACUACUGUACUGGGAUCGCGGGUUGUGUUGGCGUGAUGCAUGCUCUCGUCCGCCGGGCUGAGGAAGGAGGGAACUAUGGCAUUGAUGCCUCUCUGAAUUACUACUCCCAAUGGCUCACCAGAUCCGUCGGUACCUACCCGGACAACAUCUGGCAGGACGUCUGGAAGCGCAACGGCUCGCCUGUCUACAGGCACUACCACAGCAUGCAAUAUCUCCUCCCCGAGAUGAUCGGCCGGCUCGUCAAACACAGUAGCGACAUUCUGUUCCGACCGGAGUUCUACGAGCACAGAGAGUCAAAGGCUGCAGGGCACACUUUUGUCCAGGUAAAGCCGAUCGCUCAGUUCAAAGACGGGGAGGUGGAGUUGAGGUAUAAUGUUGGGACGAGGACGAAUGGAGUGGACAAGGCGAGGUGGCCGGAGGAUUUGGGGGUUGAGGUUGUUUCUUGA